GCGAGUCCGACGGCCAUAACAAAGCUAACUACGGUUUACUCCAUCCGCUUCUCCAUCAGCGCUCCGGUAGACCUCCGCCGUAUCAAAGUUGCGACUGAACACAGCGGCGCCAAAAUUCACUCAAUUUUAUAGUUAUUUGAAAUUUAGCUCGCACGAACACUGCACCUUUCAUUUCUAAAACAGAUAGUCGCCAAUAUGUCAACUACCACGACGACGGCGAUGCAAAGCUCUCGCCCGCCUAUCAUCCCUAAAGAUUUCUCCGCUCAGCAACCUCAAACGAUCCGUUUAUAUCCACUCUCCAAUUACACAUUCGGUACCAAAGAAACCCAACCGGAGGAGGACCCCUCAGUCCUGGCCCGUCUAAAGCGCCUUGAGGAGCAUUACGAGCAGCAUGGCAUGAGACGGACUUGCGAAGGUGUUCUUGUUUGCCACGAACAUAACCAUCCUCACGUGCUGAUGCUACAAAUCGCCAAUGCCUUUUUCAAGCUUCCCGGCGACUAUCUUCACUUCGAAGACGAUGAGGUGGAGGGUUUCAAGAAGCGAUUAAAUGAGCGCCUUGCGCCUGUCGGGUCGCAAUUCUCGGGAGAAGGCGUCAACGAGGACUGGGAAAUCGGCGACACACUUGCGCAAUGGUGGCGGCCGAAUUUUGAGACCUUCAUGUAUCCCUUCCUGCCUGGUCAUGUUACCCGGCCAAAGGAGUGCAAAAAGUUGUACUUCAUUCAGCUGCCUAAGAAGAAGGUCCUCUCAGUACCGAAGAACAUGAAGCUUCUUGCUGUGCCGCUUUUCGAACUAUACGACAACACCGCCCGUUAUGGUCCACAACUAUCGGCCAUCCCUCACCUACUGUCUCGGUAUAACUUCGAAUUUGUGGAUGAGAACGACAACGUCGUCGCGGCGACCCCGGGUACACCACUGCCUGAAGGCCAGAUCCCUAAGACCAAGGUCCUCGCAGGAGACAAUGAUGGGCAGGAUGAAGGAAUGGCCGACUACACUGGAGAUCCCACCGAGAAUGGAGGACAGUGAGGACUGGCCCGGUCCGAGGGUGAGUACAUAUAUGCGUUGCUCAGCAAUCAGAUGUUAGUCUGUUUGCGUCCCAUUGAUUGCCGUUUCUUCAAAGACAUGAUGAGUUUUAUUAUUGGCCGGCGUUUUGAGGAGCGGGAUAUUCUCUGUUGUAUUUUCCCGAUAACGAUCCAUCCUGGCUUAAUUACUAGAAAAUUUAGAAGAGAAAGGAUUAAUCGGUUGAUUCGUAGCGUGUAUUCUAUGUUUUCUUGCUGUCGUUCCGAGCCUCUACUUUUGAAUAAGUAUCUUUCUACUUUUCACGCAGCAACAACAGCUCUCUUCUCAUGACAGGUUGUAAGGGGCAGACCCACCAAGUUUUUAAGCUUCUACCAGGAAAAUCAUUGGUCUGAAAGGCGAGCUGGAAGAUCAAGGUAGGCCAUUAAACUUCCCUUCAUUACAUAGGACUUUAUUUUGGACCGUUGUCAAAAUAUCACGUAGUAGGACGACUUUUGUUGUUUGUCACCAGGAAUGCU